GAGGAAUCCGGGGAGAUCAAAACGACGAAUAAUCCAGCACGAGCUGCCUCAUCUUCUUUAACUUUGGAGGAUGGGAAUAGAUCAAAAGUUGGGUCUCAUUAUAUGAGAUUCGGUUCAGACCCUCCGGAGAAUGCAUGAUUGGAUUCCACACACCUUUAGACUUGUCGCCCAUCUUCUCGUCGCCAACAGCCUCCUGACGGUAGUAAUCGGCCAGCAAGACAUCGGCAUCAGUCUCCUUGGCUAUGAAACCAAGAUCCUUCGACCUCGCGAUUCUGUCUCUAACAAACUCCUCUGGGGCACCAGCAGGGAUACCGUGAAUUCCUCCUUUGGUCUCAGUCAUGGUCUCUUUAUCAGCGUUCAUUGUCAUGGUCUUUUCGACGGAGCCAUCAGGGUUUAUGACCUGAAAGCUGCUUGGAGGAACGUAGAUACCCUGGUCCUUUGUAUCCUUCUCGAACAUUUCGAAGAGGGGUACGAAGGUCGUAUGGAGAGUGAAUACGUCAAGGAGAUUGGGAUUCUCGUCAGACCAACGCUUGUGAAUACUGAUAAAAGUCUUGCGACAGCUCUCGACCAUUUCUUUCUCGGAAGGGGAGAGAUGGGCGGAUGCUAGGAGGAUGUUGAGAGAGUUGAUGACGCCGGUAGAUUUAUUGAUAGAGUUUUUGAAGGCUCCGUUCUUGAAGUUUUGCUGAUGAACUCCAAUGAGGAUACUGUCGCGAUAGGCGUCGUACAUCUUGGGGUUUGCCAUGGCAAUGGUUUGGUUCCAUCUGCUGACUGUCUGUUAGCAUGCUCUCUUCACAGAUGGCAUGGGAAUAAUCUCUCGCGAUUGAAAAUUUGAUAGAUGCACUUACUCUCUGGUGACACUUCGC